AACAUCCUAAAUUAAAACAAUACUUAUCCACAUAUUAAAUUCAUUUACCCACCCGAUGUGAUAAAAUAUUUUAAUGAUAACUCAUGGCUAUUUAAGCUAUUUUGUGAAGAUUCGGAUCGAUAAUUAUACAUAACCUACAUAUUUAUUGUACACAUUUAAUUCAAACCUAGUGUAUUGAAGUCGUACAAUACAGAAUACAUAUGAGGGAUAUUUAAGUCACUCAUAAUUUUACACUACCGUGAUAUAAGCUGUACUGUCGCGUGCCCAGUGAGUAUGCCGGGUGAACAAAACAGUUUAAUCAUGGGUUUAUCUUGGGCAAGAACAUGCAGAGCAGUUGAGAUUGAGGUACUGAUACCGUGCUGCGUAAAAACACAUAAACGUAGAAAUAAUUAUCUGAAGACACAAUGUAAAAUGCAUAACACUAAACCAUAUCGGUCACAUGUGAAUGGCAAAUAUGAAAACAUUACAUGUAAAAAAAUAUUAACCCACAUGAAGGAAUUCGAACCUGUCUUGAAAAAUUUACGAUGCAAAAAUGACUAGAGGAAUAUUUAUCUCCCUUGGAAGACUAAACGUGAACUCCUUUUUCAAAGUCAUAGGAUUCGCUACCAAUAAUAAUAGUAUAGCCAAGCUGUGCAUGGAGUUAGGAUCACAUUUUAGAGAGCGGAAAUGGCAAGAAACAACUAGAUUCGUUUUAAAACUUUUAAUAUUAUAUGAACGAUUUGAAGAUAGGUAUGAGUGGCAGAAAGAAGCAGCGCUCACCGGUGAAAUGUGUCGUGUUUCAGGCCAUGCAAAGUGUAGACAUAGACUCUUUGAGCGAAUGUAGCGAAUCCGACAUUCGACCGGUGCUUGUCAGCCUUGUUCGUAUGGCAUUGUGUUCCCCUUUAGAAACUAGUGACAGUUGGACGAAAGCAAGAAAAGAUGUCUUGAAGAUACUCUCAGGCCUGGAUGUUGUGAACAGCAUCGUGGCUCUGUUAUCCAUCGAUUUUCAUGCCUUAGAACAAGACGUUAAAAAGGAACAACAAUUAAGAGCUAAACUAGGGGGUAACCAAGGAGAUAGUAUUCUUGUGUCACAGCUGCAUCAUGGGCUGGCGCUGGAGUUUGAACGAAGUGAUGCACCUAGACGAAUUCGAUUACUACUCAGCGAACUUCUUUACAUCAUGUCAGAGAUAAAAGAACAGUCAAAGGGAGGUAACUACCAGAAGCAGAGCGAGCUGUUUGAGAGUGAGGUGUACCUUGAGGAAGUGUGUGAUGUCCUCUGUAUAGCACAAGCUGAGCUGCCGAACCUUCUGCCGAUGACAGAGCUAGCUGAGGCUCUGCUGUGUGUGAAGAACGGAGCCUGGUUGCUCUGUCAGCUAGUGGCCAAUUCUCCACAGUGCUUUAUGACAGUGUGUAGCAGCCUGGUGUCGCGGGGGGAGCGGGUGGACGAGGAGACGCUGGGAGGCAGGCAGAGGCUGGAGAUGCUAAGGAUGUUGUGUACUGUCAACCCCAAGGAGGCACUCAAUGUCAGGAGGAUGUGUGUCCAUCAUUGUACAAUGCCUGGCUUAGCAAUAGCUCUAACUCUCCAAGUAGCACAAGUGUCGCACUCAGAGGAGGAACUUGUCUCCUUCGUCAGCUGUUUGUUGCUAGGCAAUGACCAGGCAGUGAGACUCUGGUUUUCCCAGUUCAUUAAGGCUGGCCAGAAGCGAAAGCGUGAACCAUCAGGCUGUAUGUUGUACACGCUGCGACAACAGCUGCUCGACCAGGUGACCUCCAUUGUUCCUUCCACACGGGGAGACAGGAUGGCAGAGAGUGGAGUAGUGCAGGCCAGCAUGCUGAUAAGGCUGUACUGCGCACUGAGAGGGAUGGCCACACUCAAAUACUCUGAUGAAGAAAUGGUAGCUCUGCUGGACCUGGUAACAGCUCGACCCCCUCCCUCAAAGGCUGGUGCUCACUUUAUAUCCCUCGGACUGUGUACCCUCAUAGCCUGUCCCUAUCUCCUGGGGUCCUUAGACCAGGAGCAACAGGUCAUCGACUGGAUUAAGUGGCUCAUGACAAACGAGAGCAUCUUCGAGAAGGAAGCUGCAUGUGGGACAUCAUUUGGAGAGAUGCUGUUCCUGAUUGCCCUACACUUCCACAACAACCAGAUACACGCGAUAGCUGACCUUGUGUGCAAGACUCUCGGAAUGAAGAGUGCAGUGAAGGCCAAUGCUCUGUCCAGGAUGCGGCAGAUCUUCACACAGGAGCUGUUCACGGAGCAGGUGAUAGCAUCACAUGCUGUCAAGAUCCCGGUCACUCCGAACCUCAACUCCACUAUGUUGGGUUACCUCCCUUUACACAGUAUCUGUCAGUUACUCAAGAGUCGUGUUUUCUCCAAACACAAUGUUGCAAUCAAGGAUUGGAUCUACAAACAAAUUUUACACAGUUCACUUCCCUUACACCCUCUACUGCCACAAGUGAUAGAGACAUAUGUGAACUCAAUCAUAGUGAAAGGUGCUAAAACUGAACACACCAAUGAACCGCUGACAGAGCAGGAAAUACUGGCAGUGUACAGAGACUCAGUGACUCAUUCAGCUACACAACGGCUGCAGUCUCAGUCGGACGUACGGCAGGACAAUUUGUCUCCACAGCUCCUGGUGUUGUAUUAUGUGUUGUUGUAUGAGGAUACACUCAUGAACCACAUGAAAACUAUAGUGUUGCUGAAGAGUCCGAUCAAGUCAUACUCUGAUACCAUCAUGUCCAAGAUCCCCAUCAACUAUCUCAUACAGGAGGCUCUCAAAGAACAGCAGAUGUAUGCCGGCCUGUUUGCCCCUCUCACAAGGCUUUUGGUGACUCAGUACCCACACCUGUGUCUAGUGGAGGACUGGCUGGAGGAGAGUCUCACGUCGCAUCAGCAACAGCAGAUGAAGAAGUCCAAGGUGGUCCACGUCUUCUCUCCAUCAACAUAUCAAGAAGUGGACGUUCCUGUUGUUUCCAGUAUCCGUCUGAUGACUGUGAACGCUCUGCGAACCAAGACACAUGGGGUGUUCCAGGUGAUGGCCUACACAGAGCAGGACAUUGUGGUGGAUCCCCUCAUAGUGCUUCGGUGUGACUGUCGAGUCUUCAGGAACCCCUCAAUCCUGGAGAUAGUGCUGCGUAUCCUGUCUGCGUACACCCAGGCAUGUCAGGUGUAUCUGACGAACCACAUACAGACACACCCAGUCCUGGACAACAACCUGCAAGCAGAGCAUGAGAGACAGGACCUGAAGAUUGCCCUGUCUGCUGCCCAGGAGAGUGCUAUCAUACAGAUCCUGCUGGAGUGCUGUCUCAAUGAUCAGGAGGAGAUUCCCACAGGACAACUGUCCGAUCUACGUGAGGUCCAGUGUCUGAUAUUCUCCCAUCUCCACCAAGUCUUCAUUGCGGAUCCCAACGCGAAGCUGGUCCACUUUCAGGGCUAUCCAAGUCAGCUGAUCCCGCUGCUUGUAGCAGGAGUUCCCUCCAUGCACAUCUGUCUCGACUUCAUUCCAGAGCUGCUUGGUCAGCCACAGACGGAAAAACAGGUGUUCUCCAUCAAGCUGUUGAGUCACCUGUGCUGCCAGUACUCACUGCCCAAGUCACUGAGUGUGGCCAAACUAGGUAUCAACGUCAUGUUCACCAUGCUCACAGUCCUGGAGAGCGAGAUGAGGGUUCUGUUCUUCCAAGAGACUGUUCCCUGCCUGUUUAACAUCUGCAAGGCGUUCCCUCCACUGUGUGAUGAUGUCACUUCACUCCUCACCCAGAUCGGCCGAGUCUGUUUCUCCCAUCUCACAACCACAAACUCAGUAGUGGGAUCUGAUUUCUCCCUGGUUCCGGGGCAGGAUAGUCACACGGACACAUCAGAGCCCGCUUGUAAGCGGCAGCGGGUGAGUGAGGUGUCGUCCUACAGCCGGCUGUACAACACUGUACAACAGACAUUCCAGGAGCUGGCCAGUCAGGCUGUCGUCACCAACAGCAUCUUCUGAUCCUUCAAUAAACUUGUACAGAAA